CCAAAUCCUCGCUUCUCUCUCCAGAAUGGCUCCUUCAAAUCCCGAAACCUGGACCCACGAACCCUCCAUUAUCAAGGAGAAUGAGCUUCGAGAGAUGGUCGUGCUUCUGGGCAAGGGCUUCCAGGUCCAUCACCCAAUGCCCUUGGGGAAUCAGUCUAUCCCACAAUCCAAACCCCCAGAAAUACAUGGUCAUGCAAUACCAUUCUGUAGAAAAUGGGUUUAGGUUGCCCCUCCACAGUCUGCUUCGCGAUCUCUGCCGCCAUUUUGGAUUUGCUCCGGGCCAAUUAACCGCCAAUGCACACAAGUAUGUAGCGUCUUAUGUCCUGCGGUGCUGUGCCCUGGACAGAACCCCGACACUGGAUGAAUUCCUUAUCCUCUUCAGCCUCGGUGGGUCUUUUCCCUUUUACAGCUUGUAUCCCCACAACCAUUUCCCAAUUUUUGAGAAGGUUGAGUUCAAGCUUGAAAAAUGGUCACUGAGAUACUUCGUUAUUGAGUUCCUGGCUCACAGUCCCCUUGAUCUACCGGGUGUUGUCCUCCGCUGUUCCAUUUCCCAGACGAAAUUUGCUGCAGCAGAGUUGGCGAACAAAGCUCCUUCUGCCGGAAGAUCCAAUUCGGUCAUGAGCCCUUCUGGGAGUCAGUCCCAAGGUGGCUCCUCUGCCUUGGCUGUACGCAAACCGGCUGCUGCCCUGGAGGUUGUUCCCAUUUCUGCCAUCCCCGGGCUCAGGAAGCCCACUCCGUCCAGAAACGGCCACGGGAAGGACAAAGGUACUGAGGCUCCUUCAGAGACGGAAAGAGCGACUGAGACACAGCGGGAAUCGGAGGAACAACGAGAACCGGAGGAUCGACGUCACGCCACCACCCCCUCCGCCGUCAGUCUCUUCCGGCGCAGGUUCACGCCACAGACCUAUCCUGCCUUCAAGGAGGGUUGGGCAGGCUUCUCCCGCGGCCUGACUUCCCUGCAGGCUUCCCUCUGGACCAUCCAGGCCAAUCUGGAGAAGAUGAAGGAGUCGCUAAGGGAGCCCACAAUUCAUCAAACUCGUCCUGACAUGCUCGCUCUCAAUGUUCUUUACUCCCUGGAGCAGCUCAAGGCAAACGGCUCAACGGAACUAGCGGCUGAAAGGUCCAGGGUCCAGUCCCUACAGGAGCAAGUUGCCACCUACCAAAGGGGAACCCAAGACCUAGAAGCGCAAUCUGACGAACUCUGGGCACAAAUCUCUAUUCUACAAUCAAGGGCCUCAGCUUCAGAAAACAAAGUGGGAAGUCUGGAAGCUGGAUUAGUUGAAAAAGAGUCCCGGAUCUCUGAGCUAGAGAAUUCCCUCCAAGAGGCCAAGCAUGAGGGUUCCCGUCUUAACGAACUCGCAAUGAAACAGAUGGAAGCGAGACGGCUUACCCUCGAGAAAUUAAAGGAAGAGAGACAGAUUGCAAGCGAGCUCCGGUCAAAGAUAAGUGAACUGGAGAAGACAAUUGCUGCCCAUCAAGAGGAGGUUGCCACCCUGACUGCCCGUGCUGAAGCCCUUUAUGAAGAAAGGAAAUUUGACAUGCAACAAUGCAUGUAUGAGGCAGUUCAGAGUGGUCUCCCGGAAAACCGAUCUUUGGAUGACUUCAUCUCUUACUAUGGGUUACCUCUUCCUCUUUCUCCCCCAGCUUCCCGUGCAGAUCCGGGGCCUUGACUUUAUCCCUCUCUGUUGACUGUUGUAAUUUGCUUUGUAACAUCUAGAUGGUAGUUGAUUGAUAAUACUUGAUGUAUUUUGUCCGUAUAGACUCCUUUUAUUAAUCUGACUACUUCCCUUUUGGAACUCUUGUUUCGCCCUAGGACUUAGCAUAUUUUUUUAUAUCUGCCUAGGCUUUGGGCUUAACUGCAUUCACAAAGUACUGUUUUUUUACCAUUGCGCUAAGUGGCUGGCCCACCUUGAUUACGCCAGGCCCAAUUCACCCUAACCCAAUAAUAAGAUGGCACAAACCCU